UAUGGCUUAAAAUUUGAUGUCAUUAUUUGUUGAUGAAUACAGUAUGUAUUGCAAUACUAAUAUUACCGAGUAUCAUUUGCUUUUUAAUAAAAUUUUUCCCCAAUUAUCUCUAAAACCCUAAACCCUGUUCUGGUGAGGUGAACCCCAGAGCUCUCUCACUGUGCUCAUCCCCACUCCACCGGCCGUCUGAAAUGGUCGGUCAACUGGUUCGUUCCCUCUGGUCAACGGCGACCAAGAAAUCCUUUACCUCCUCCACUUCCUAUUUCCACAGUAACAAUGUCUCCACCACAUUCACACGCGCCACCGGAAUGUUCCGCGGCUUUUCAGCUGCAGCCGCGGCUACUAGUCCAGCAGCAGCAUCGGCAGCUUCAGCCACCGGCGGAGUGCUGGACCCCAGCCGUCUGAGGAACGUGGCGGUGAUUGCCCACGUCGAUCACGGUAAAACGACACUCAUGGAUCGGCUCCUCCGGCAGUGCGGCGCUGAUAUUCCUCACGAAAGAGCCAUGGAUUCAAUUAGUCUGGAACGCGAGCGCGGGAUUACUAUUGCUUCCAAGGUCAUCCUUUUUGUUUAACUUUCAAUUUUAGUACAACAUUUCUGUUCUUAAUUUGCUUAUUGUUUUUACUGUGUAUAAUUUGUUUUAAUUUCUAAAUCUUGGUAUUGGACUGUUUAUUGUUUUUCUUUUUCUUUAGGCUUAUUUGUAUCUUUCAGUUUAGGAUAUAACUGUUUCAUGGUUGUCCAGAUAACUGUGAGCAUUUCUGCAUAUCUUAAUGUUUGAAUGCAGCAGUUGUGCCACUUGGUCCAGGGAUGGAUGGUUCUGUUUUGGGGUUAUCAUUAUGGAUUAGAUGGACAGUUUGAUAUUCUUGAUGGUGCUUAUAAUCGGAAGUUUGGUAUGACUUUUGUUGAUAGUUACUUUUUUAUCACAGGAAGGAUUAUUUCCAUACCUGUUUUAAAAAAAUAAAUUGAUUAUUGGAGGUGAUGGAAGGUAUAUCAUACUUAGGAACUCCUUUGAGAUGGUCUGGGUGAAACUUUUUUCUUUCUUUGAUUUGUAACUUUGAAGGCAACUAGUUAACUGUUUCCUACUAAAUGCUUAUAGAAUUGGAAUCUAGUGAACUAUUGGUUUGAGAUAACUAUGGAGAUCUAAGAACUGACUGGCUAUGAUGACAAAAAGGCCGGGCUUACGGCUGCUACCUGUUUAAUGGUUGGCAGUAGAUUGACGAAACAUGUUCUAAAGGUAUUUUUCUCUGAGCCAGGAUGAAAGUUAUAGAUUUUGCUGACUAUGUUUGAGGGUCACCAGACAUCUAUUUCACCAUAUUUUAAUCUUCAUGAAACUGCCUUUUCUUGAUUCUUUUGGGAUUUAAGUCAAGGUUGUCAGAGAAAAAUAUAUCCCGAAACAAGUACCCUUCCCUCACGGUACCAUGCUAGCGAAGAAUUAGAUCACUUAAAGGGGGCAAGUGAAUAGUUUGAUUUGAAAUUCCCUUGUUCGUACAUUUUUAUUGAGGUCGAUGACUGUGUUCCCAACUAUUCUGCUGUGGGCAAAGCUUUCCUGGGGAAUUUUUUUAUUUUUUUUAAAAAUUUCUCAAGUAGUAAACUUCUCAUCAUUUGCAGGUGACCUCAAUUUCAUGGAAGGAAAAUGAGCUAAACAUGGUGGACACACCUGGACAUGCAGAUUUUGGUGGUGAAGUAUGCCACUUCUGAGGAAUUCUUAGCACUGUUGAGCGAGUAGUUGGCAUGGUUGAAGGUGCGAUUUUAGUGGUCGAUGCUGGUGAGGGGCCACUGGCACAAACAAAGUUUGUACUUGCGAAGGCAUUGAAGUAUGGACUGCGGCCCAUUCUCCUUCUUAACAAAGUAGACCGACCAUCAGUUACAGAGGAAAGGUGUGAUGAAGUUGAGAGCCUUGUUUUUGACCUCUUUGCAAAUCUUGGUGCUUCAGAGGAGCAACUUGAUUUUCCUGUGCUUUAUGCUUCUGCCAAAGAAGGUUGGGCAUCAUCCACCUUCACAAAGUGUCCUACAGAUGAUGCCAAGAAUAUGUCUCAGUUGCUUGAUGCAAUAAUAAGUCAUGUUCCUCCACCAUCUGCUAGCAUUGAUGCGCCUUUCCAAAUGCUGGUUUCCAUGAUGGAACGGGAUUCUUAUCUUGGGAGGAUUCUCACUGGGCGCAUCUUUUCUGGAAUACUGCGUGUGGGCGACAAAGUUCACGGACUUCGAGAAUCUGAUUCUGGAACUUUGAAGAUUGAAGAAGGGAAGGUUGUGAAACUGAUGAAAAAGAAGGGUACUAGUAUGGUAUUGGUUGAUAGUGCCUGCGCUGGUGACAUAGUGUCAAUGGCUGGGUUGACAAAGCCAGCCAUUGGUCACACCGUUGCGACUGUGGAGGUUACAACUCCUUUGCCUACUGUUGAUCUUGAUCCUCCAACCAUUUCGAUGACAUUCGGUGUUAAUGACUCUCCUUUGGCUGGACGUGAUGGUACACAUCUGACUGGAGGAAAAAUUGGGGACCGCUUAUUGGCUGAAGCAGAAACUAAUCUCGCCAUAAAUGUAAUACCUGGCAUGUCGGAUUCAUUUGAAGUUCAGGGGAGGGGAGAACUUCAAUUGGGUAUCUUGAUAGAGAACAUGAGGCGUGAAGGUUUUGAGUUAUCUGUCUCUCCUCCUAAAGUCAUGUACAAAACUGAGAAUGGUGAAAAGCUCGAACCAAUUGAAGAAGUUACCAUUGAGGUUAAUGAAGAGCAUGUGGGCCUAAUUCUGGAUGCCCUUUCUCAUAGACGGGCUGAAGUUGUCGAGAUGGGUCCAGUUCCUGGUCACAGUGAUCGAACCAAAAUCUGUCUGACUUGCCCUUCAAGGGGAUUGGUCGGAUACAGAAGUGUGUUCAGCAGCGACACACGAGGAACUGGAUUUAUGCACCGGGCUUUCAUGGCUUAUGAAAAGUAUCGAGGUCCUCUUGGAAACGUGAGAAAGGGAGUAUUGAUUUCGAUGGGUCGUGGGGCAAUUACAGCUUAUGCACUGAUGAGUUUAGAACCACGCGGAAUACUCUUCGUCACUCCUGGAAUGGAGACAUAUGAUGGCAUGAUUGUUGGUGAACAUUCACGAGAAACAGAUCUUGAUGUGAAUCCAGUAAGGAUGAAGGAGUUAACAAAUAUACGGGCUGCUACAAAAGAUGAUAAUGUCAAGCUCACUCCACCUCGUCUUAUGACUCUUGAAGAAGCAAUUGGAUACGUUGCUGCUGAUGAACUGAUUGAGGUUACACCAAAGGCAAUCAGAUUGAGAAAAAGAUACCUUGAUGUAACCAAACGUAAAGCAAUGAGAAGCAGAACCAAGGAUCAGUAGAAUCCCCCAACUCUUUCUACCGGGCACUAAUAUCAAAGAACCUUGCUUUGGCUGUUAUGAAAAGAGAAACGUUUUCAGGAGGAGAGAGUCAUCGGUGACUGCGUAUUUACAGCCACUGAGAUCCAAAAUUUUGAUUCUUUAGGAUAUAUAAAGUAUAUAAGGCGCUAUCUUCUGCACACCACAUUGUUGUGUUUUAGUUGUAUGUAUUAUCUUGUCAGGCCCAGGUGUUUGUGCAUCUGGCGCAAGGAGUCUAGGAUGGAGUAUAAGACAGUUGGGAAAAAAAUAGCACAAAAUAGAUCAAAAUUGGCAUUGAUAAAACCUGUUGACUGAUGUACUAAUAAUAAUCACCACCAUAGUUUCACUUGAUUUAUUUACAAUCCUGUGUACAAGUUCUAAUAAUGGAGGGGAAUUCUGGAAUUGAAGUUAUCAUUCCAUUCCAUAGGCUACAUCUUUAUGUUUUCCUUUCAUUAUUGUUCUUGUUACCUAACUCAAAUAUAUUUGUUACUUCACGAGGAAAUAUCGAAAAGAAGAGUGUCCAGAUGCAGGAGAAUUUACUCAUGCUUUUGGGCUUCACGUGGAAAUAAAGUUUGAAGUAAAUUUUAUCAUCAAUCAUCAUUGCUCUCAUGUGAUGUUCUAUGCCUUAAAAUUGCUCAUAUAUUCUUCAGAGAAAAUUCGAAAAGAGUUAUUUUCUUUGACAAAAAAAAGUUGUAUUCUUUC